GCCACCGCGCAGUACACCGCCGUCGCCUCGCAGCUGGCCGACCUCUCGGCCCGCGUGAUGGAGGUGGAGGGCUGCGUGGAGGUGUGCCGAGAGAGGGCGCACAACGAGAGCAGCUUCUCGGCGCCGCCGCAGGAGAGUUCUCGGUCAUCUCGCACGCGGAGUCGCGAGCCAGCUCCACGCGCGGCUUCCCGCCGCCGCUGCCCGCCGCGGCGCCGGACGCGGAUGCGAGAAGGUUCCGGCUGCUGCAGGACAAGCUCGAGGACUCGGUCGCGGCCCACCUGGAGGUGCUCGACGACCUCGAGCGCCGGGUCUCGGAGGUGGAGCGCGCCGUGAGGCCCAGCGACUCGGCGCGGGGCGCCCCGGCGGUCGCCGAGCCGCUGUGCGGGCGGCCCAGAGGGCAGCCCGGCGGCCUCGAGGCGGGGGAGGCGGCCCUCGACGGCUCCGCGGGAUCGGCCAGCGAGUAG